AUGGUUCAAUGUUGUGCCCCACGAACAGUAUGGGAUCAGGAUUUACUGGUCUGCAACCACGAAGCAUUUACUCCUUGUGUAAUUGUCACAACUGAAGGUUGGACCAGUGCUCCUACUCCAACCACAACUACUCCGACCACAACCGUGCCCACGACAACUACUCCAACUACGACCACAACCGUGCCCACGACAACUACUCCAACUACGACCACAACCGUGCCCACGACAACUACUCCAACUACGACCACAACCGUGCCCACGACAACUACUCCAACUACGACCACAACCGUGCCCACGACAACUACUCCAACUACGACCACAACCGUGCCCACGACAACUACUCCAACUACGACCACAACCGUGCCCACGACAACUACUCCAACUACGACCACAACUACUCCAACAACAACCACGCCGACCACUACUGCUCCAACCACCACGAGGCCGACCACAACUACCACAACGCUGGCCACAACUACUCGAACUACCACCACGCCGACCACAAGUAUUAGACCCACAACCACCACUCCUACAACUACUAGGCCUACAACAACUACUAGGCCGACAACAACUACUAGGCCUACAACAACUACUAGACCAACCACGACUAACCCUACAACUACAACAACACCACCAAUACAAAUCGGAACGUCCUACAUGAUUAUUAACGUUCAAGCUAAUAAGGUAUCAUAG